AACCUCAUCACAUAGUCCCCCAGAAACCACACUCAUCUAUACAAGAAAGGAGAAAAUGGAGAAUCUCACAAGAAUCCUACUCUUAGUAUGUUUUGCAGUCUUGUCAGAGGGCAGUGACCUGACUGGGAGUGUCUUCACCUUCCCAACACUUGGACGCGUUGAUCAUGUGACUUUGACUCCAGCCGGGAGAAAGCCCCUGUCCCAAGCCAGUCUCUGUCUGCGCUUCUAUACUGACCAGACAACUCGGAGUCCUUGCUUCUUCUCUCUGGCCACUGCUACCUUCACCAACGCCUUCUUACUGUGUCGAAUGGAGGGGGGCUUUUUCAGAAUCCAUGUAGGCACGGCAAGCGCCGAUUACUCAGGUUUAACGUACAAUUUAAACGGAUGGAACUCCGUGUGUGUGACUUGGGAUGAAGAGGAUGUCUCACAGUUUUUUAUCAAUGGACAGGCCAGUGUGAGAAAGCUCGCCCUUAUGCCACAAGGCUGGAAAAUACCCACUGAUCAUUUAAUCAUAGUGGGACAGGACCAGGACCGAUAUGGAGGAGGGUUUCAAACCAAGAAUGCCUUCAUAGGCCAUUUAACUGAUGUCCACAUGUGGGAUCAUGUCAUUAGCCCAUGUGCAGUCCAACAAUUCAUGGAUGAGCUGUCCAUCCAGCCUGGUAAUUACCUGAACUGGCAGAGCCUUAAAUUUGAGACACAUGGAAGGGCUAAGGUGGAGAAAAAGCAGUUGCUUUUAACAGGCAAGCAGCUUUUGAAUUGUUAGACAUGCAGGAUGAUUGAAAACGUGCAGAUUUCCUGAAACCGAUGUUAUGAUCUUAAAAUCAUCAGUUCAACAUGAAGUGUAUGUGAGAAGCUGAAACCAUGUAAAGGAAAUUGUCCAUUAAAGGUCCUUAAUUACAAUGA